AUGGAGGACCACACCCUCACACAGAUAAAAUCUGUAGUGGAUAGCCUGCAGUCUCCUAUAACUGACCUUCACAUUCUUUUAUCGCUACUUUGUCGGCCUUUGGACUACAUAGGCCUUCUUCCACCGCAAUAUCGCAGGUUCAAUCUCGAGCCACUCCAAGGAUCGCGAGUCCUUGAUAUCGUAAAAGUCUUUCCUCAGCUUCAAAGAGUGUUAAUUGAACAAGUAUUACCUACGUGGUCGACAGUCCUUGCUGAAGAAGGUCGUCUGCCCCUCGCUGAUCAAUAUUUUUGCCCCGAUGCAUUUUCUUUUGCACUAUCUGCUGCAGGGGAUGUGGUGCUCAUUGCUUACUCCACAUUGCUCUCUUCAGUGCUCACAGAGGAAUCUAUUAGAUUGUUAGCCAAGUUGUCGACUCAGUAUCCUAUUGACAGACUUCAUACCGCUGCUUUCGCUGGCAGCGAUUUAUCAGCCAGGAAUUCGGUCAAAUGGGAUGACUGUCUCAGAAACGUUUUCGCAGUCCCAUUAAAAGCUGCCAAUGCAGUUGGCACGCGAGUCUUACCCCCAGAACUUGAACUCGCAACCUACUUCAACGGCCUCAGCAGCGGCACGGAGCGUUUAAUAUCCACUCUUUCUCGUUCCCCAUCGCAGGAUAGGAUAAUGUCUGUCACACAGCUUCUGAUGAAACUCGUGAAUGUCGGCGUGUUCCCAUCAUUAUCGUUUUUACCACUCUCCCAACCGUCCUUCUUUCGUUCCACACUAGUCACAAUCCGCGCGAAGUUCAGACAGGACGGUGAUCACAGCUACUCCAAGUUCUGGACAAACGCACUCGUUUAUCUCCCAUCCACGGUUGCCCAACAGACCAUAUUCGCGUCAUUGUGUUCUUCUCUGGUGCAGUUACCUAGUAACUUAAGCGUUACCGCACAAGAUAGAGGCGUUGUUGUGCAAGAAUCUCUAUUGCUUCGUGCCAUGUUUGGAACUCUCCAGCCAGAAUCAGACGUGUGGAAUGCGAUAUUAGGCGUUGUGUUAUCACGCGAUUGGAAAGAGAGCCACGCCAGGAUUUUCGUCAGCUGGGCAGCCGGUACAAAGACUGGUCCAAUGAACCAUGAAGCCCUCCGGGCAUUAUUGUCACGCACUUUGGAAAUCUGGUGCGCUCCAGAGCACGUCAAGCAUUCACUGUUGUCGCGACAUCAUUAUGUUACAUCACUGCUACUUCUCAUUGUAUCGUACUUCCCUCGUCAAUCAGAAUAUGUGGUAUCAACUGCGCUUUCGCCUAGCUUCAUCACAGCAGUUGGUCAAUAUCUCAGUCAUCUAGAUCAUAACAUUCGCCGAUGUGGGAUGCUUGCAGCUGAAGUGGUUGCAACGCGUGCAGGCAAGAACUUGGAUUUCGGAGACUGGGAUGGAGAUGCCGACGGGAAGCCUUGGACAAGAGAUCUAAGAGCACUUUGUUCGGCUAGAGACAUUGAUUUUGACCCUUAUGCAGAGGAUGGAUUGGCGCCAGCCAUGGGACAGAGCACUCCAACAGAAGAGAUUAUCACUACUGGUGUCCUAGAAGGUACUAAAAUAUCAGCGUCGAGGCUCACAAAGGCUAGUGUCGCGUCCGGCUACGACUCGGACGACUCACUUACCGGCUACGCAUCGCCAACUUCCUCCCGUUCCGCGUCACCCACGCCCUCUGAGCUCGACGAAAUGGAGAAAGAUCCUACUUUACGUGUUGGAGUCAAGAAAAUUCCACGACCCGUGUACCUUGCACAGCUAGGCGAGAUGGUACGGAACGCGAGAGCGAAGCCCGGCGAAGAGAGUCAAGAAGCCGACAAAAUCGAGAUGGCACUUAACGUUGCAGAAGAGCUGAUCAGGAAGAAGAGGGAGUAUGGAACUGAACUCGAGGAGAACGCUGCUAAUUUGGUCUAUGGAUUUAUUUCGCUGAACGAUAACUUCGAGAUUGAUGGCUUCGAGAACAAGCGUCAGCGUGCCAUCAAUGCUCUGGUAGCCUGCUGCCCUCGAAUAUCUGCUGCGUGCAUCAUCGAAGAAUUCUUCAGCAAUCAGUAUUCUACAGAGCAACGCUUUGUCAUACUCAACGCCCUUGUGCUUGGAGCACGAGAACUGGCGUCUCUCCCUGUCCAUUCUGCAAGCUUGCAGCCUCUUAACAGUCAGCGUACCGCAUUUCCUAGCAAAGCUUUGCCUCCUGCCCUUCAUCAGAAAUAUCUCACUGCCGAUGAUCAAGCCAACGGAGCUGUUCAAGGGUUGCUUGAAGGUGUCACGCGGGCAGCAAUUGACAGAGGCAAGGAAGCUACCGCCGACAAAAUUCCGGAAUUUGCACGAGAACGCCAGUUGCGCAUAAGGAAAUCUCCUAAAGUCGCUGAAGUGUCGCCUGCAGAAAGGCCAAGUCGAGCUCUCUUACCAGGCCAUAUUUCACAACCCCGUCGAACUGCAUUCAUAAACGUCGCAGCCGAAUACUUCAUUAUGCCGUUUAUUAACCGUUUCUGGGCAUUUCUUCGCAACGAGCAGACACGCGAGGAGAGAACAGCGCACCGUGAUGCUCUGUAUCGGUAUCACGGUGCUGGCACGGGUCUUGUCCUCAACGCUGUUGUUCUGUCACAAUUCAUGGGCUCUCUGGCGUUGUUGGUGCAUGCAGCACAGAACGCUCCGCAAUGGUUGUUUAUCAUUGCACCAGGUGCAUUGGAGCUCGCUGUUGCCUUGGGAACUCGACCAAUCUCAAGGGCUAUCAGCGGUGACACAGACUCGACUGGACCGACUGGCGAAGCCCGGGGCAAGGAAGCUUCGGUGCUCACAGCUGCUCUUGAACUUUCCUUAAUUGUCCUGGAUGGUUGUCUCGAGCUCGAUGGGGGACGCUCGCUCGGUCUUGAGUACACCACACUACUGUUAGGUGCCGGAGAGUGGGCUGGGAGGAUUUUUGAGCUACUUGAGAAAGGCACUCUGGUAGAAGGUGGCGGGGGAGGGCAUGAGGUCCGACUGCGCAGGGCUGCAGCAGGGGUACUUCUGAAGGUCGAUGAAUUGACCUCAAAAUGGCGAAGGUCAAUGGUGGAUGUCUGA